UACAGUCUGUGUUUAAUAGGCAAGUGUCAGCAAUUACAUGCUGUUCUUGACAGCAUUGUUGAAGAAAAACAGGGAAAGGGCCACAGCUUGUUCUUCUGAAUCCACUCUGAUCAGCAUGCUCCUGGAGAGUGUGUGCCUGUGUAUCUUAAGGCUGGGAGGGAUGUCAUUUGGUGCCUGACAGUGGAACGGUGCAGUUGACUCUCUCUCUCUCUCUCUCUUCCUCUGCUAUCCAAUGACAUCCAGUGGCUGAGAGUAUGAAGCUGAUGGUUGGGUCUCCUCUGUGCUGCAUGCACACCUGACAGGCAGCUGUUAAGCCAAGCAAAGGCGAGCUUGGGGAGUUACAGUGUAUGCAUAAAUGAUAGGGGUAUCUGUGCAGAAGGUGCGAAAGAAGCGCUGGCCCCCUCCCCAAAGCCCCCCUUCCCCAAAUGAAACGCACAGAGCAGCUAGUUUAACUACACCACACUCCUGCUACUGGCUGCCAAGAGGCUCAAAAAAAUCCACCUUCACUUUUCAGUCAGAAGAGGCAGAAGUGGAUGUGAGAGACAGAGACACUCAGAGACACUCACAGCGAAAGAGGGCAAGAGACUUGACUUUAAGAGACUCCUGCACUGACAACUCCAUGCAGUUCGGAACAAGAGCAGCAGCGACCGAACCUGGUUUCAUGGGGACAUGGCAGAACGCUGACACGAACCUCUUGUUCAGAAUGUCCCAGCAGGCCAUUCGCUGUACAUUGGUAAAUUGCACGUGUGAAUGUUUCCAACCAGGGAAGAUAAACCUGAGAACCUGCGAUCAGUGUAAACAUGGCUGGGUGGCACAUGCUUUGGACAAGCUUAGCACUCAGCAUCUCUACCAUCCAACGCAAGUGGAGAUUGUACAAUCCAAUGUUGUGUUUGACAUCAGCAGCUUGAUGCUCUAUGGUACCCAGGCUGUACCAGUGAGACUGAAGAUAUUGCUAGAUCGUCUCUUCAGUGUGUUGAAACAGGAAGAAGUACUGCAUAUCCUGCAUGGUUUGGGCUGGACGCUUCGGGACUAUGUGAGGGGCUACAUCCUUCAGGAUGCUGCAGGCAAAGUGCUGGACCGCUGGGCCAUCAUGUCCAGGGAAGAAGAGAUUAUUACCCUUCAGCAGUUUCUGAGGUUUGGAGAAACCAAAUCCAUUGUGGAGCUGAUGGCAAUUCAAGAAAAAGAAGGGCAGGCAGUGGCUGUGCCAUCUUCAAAGGCAGACUCAGAUAUAAGGACUUUUAUUGAAAGCAAUAAUCGAACCAGGAGCCCAAGUCUCCUUUCUCACCUGGAGAACAGCAACCCUUCCAGCAUUCAUCAUUUUGAAAACAUCCCCAACAGCUUAGCAUUCCUGCUUCCGUUUCAGUACAUAAAUCCAGUGUCUGCUCCUCUGCUAGGUUUGCCUCCAAAUGGUCUCCUCCUCGAACAGCCAUCACUGAGAUUGCGGGAACCAAGCCUUUCAGGCCAAAAUGAAUAUAAUGAAAGUAGUGAAUCUGAAGUUUCUCCAGCACCUUUCAAGAAUGAGCAGGCAUCCAGCAGAAAUGCCUUGACCAGCAUCACAAAUGUCGAACCCAAAUCUGAGCCAUCUUCUGUGUCCCCAGUCCAGACAUCCACACCUGUCAAUGAUCUAUCCAAACCCGAACAUACAAAAAGCUCCUUUCGAAUUCACAGAAUGAGGAGGAUGGGGUCAGCAUCCCGAAAAGGGAGAGUGUUUUGCAAUGCAUGUGGCAAGACCUUUUAUGACAAGGGAACGCUCAAAAUUCACUACAAUGCAGUUCAUCUUAAGAUUAAACAUAGGUGCACAAUUGAAGGUUGUAAUAUGGUCUUCAGCUCACUCAGAAGUCGCAACCGCCACAGUGCUAACCCCAAUCCCCGACUUCAUAUGCCCAUGCUAAGGAACAAUCGAGACAAGGAUCUGAUCCGUGCUACGUCAGGUGCAGCUACCCCUGUCAUAGCAAGUACAAAAUCCAAUUUAACAUUAACAAGUCCUGGACGGCCUCCAAUGGGUUUUACCACUCCCCCACUAGACCCUGUGUUGCAAAAUCCUCUACCUAGCCAACUUGUGUUCCCAGCUUUAAAGACUGUACAACCUGUUCCUCCUUUCUACAGAAAUCUUCUUACCCCCGGAGAGAUGGUGAGUCCUCCAACCUCAUUACCUACUAGUCCUUUAAUGCCAGCAGCUGGUACAAUUGAUCAGCCUCCAAUUCCUCCAUCAGAAUCAACAUUAUCUGCAGUAGGGAUGCCUGGCCAAGAUGCAAAUGCUGAACUUGCCCCAAAGAAAAAACCAAGGAAGUCCAGUAUGCCUGUGAAAAUAGAGAAAGAGGUUAUUGACACUGCUGAUGAGUUUGAUGAUGAAGAGGAUGAGGUGAAUGAUAGCAGAAGUGUGGCUAAUGAUGGUGGGCAUGACAAUCACUGCCAUUCUCAGGAAGAGAUGAGCCCUGGGUUGUCUGUGAAAGAUUUUUCAAAAAAUGGAAGAAACAGGUACAUCUCAAGAACAGAACUAAGAAGAACAGACAGUAUGACAUCAGAAGACCAAGAGCAUGAGAGAGACUAUGAAAAUGAGUCCGAAUCCUCAGAGCCAAAACUGUGCGAGGAAUCCAUGGAAGGAGAUGAACAUAUGAUGCAUGAAAGAAAUAACAAGCCUAUGAUGAACCAUGACAGGCCAGAUGAAAACCACCAUGAUACUUCCCAUCACGAUGACAUUAAAGUUAAGGAAGAAUUUACAGACCCUACAUACGAGAUGUUUUACAUGAGCCAAUAUGGACUUUACAAUGGAGGCAGUGCCAGCAUGGCUGCUCUUCAUGAAAGCUUUACUUCCACUUUCAACUAUAACAGCCCCCAGAAAUUCUCCCCUGAGGGUGAUUUGUGCUCCAGCCCAGAUCCCAAGAUCUGCUAUGUGUGUAAAAAGAGUUUCAAGAGUUCUUACAGUGUGAAGCUCCACUACAGGAAUGUUCAUUUAAAAGAGAUGCAUGUCUGCACAGUGGCUGGCUGCAAUGCUGCUUUUCCUUCCCGGAGGAGCAGAGACAGACACAGUGCGAACAUAAACCUGCACCGUAAACUGUUGACCAAAGAACUGGAUGACAUGGGACUCGAUACUUCUCAGCCCUCACUUAGCAAGGACCUCCGGGAUGAAUUUUUGAUGAAGAUAUAUGGGGCCCCACAUCAGAUGGGGUUUGAUAUAAGGGAAGAUACAUCCUCCCCAGCAGGUACUGAGGACUCCCACCUGAAUGGGUAUGGAAGGGGCAUGUCAGAAGAAUACAUGGUGCUAGAUCUGAGCACCACCUCCAGCAUCCAGUCUAGCAGUAGCAUCCAUUCCUCCAGAGAGUCUGAUGCAGGGAGCGACGAGGGGAUUCUCCUCGAUGAUGUUGAUGGGGCAAGUGACAGUGGAGAAUCGUCCCACAAAGCUGAUGCUCCAGCCUUAGGGGUUGGCAUGGGUGCUGAAGUUCCAGGAUCCCUCAUGUUUAGCAGUGUUUCCAUGAACAAUGGUGGGAUCAUGUGUAACAUUUGCCACAAAAUGUACAGCAACAAGGGAACUCUCAGGGUGCAUUACAAGACUGUGCACUUGCGAGAAAUGCACAAGUGCAAAAUCCCUGGAUGCAACAUGAUGUUUUCCUCUGUUCGUAGCCGGAACCGGCACAGUCAGAACCCUAACCUGCAUAAAAACAUUCCAUUUACUUCACUAGAUUAGUUCAGAGAUGGACCCGGUAAAUGCCAGCUCUCAAGGAGAGCUUGGCUUCUUUGAACAGCCAUUUACAGACUCUUAUAUAAAUAUAUAUAAAUAUGAAUAUAAAUAUAUAUCUUUUUUUUCUUUUUUAAGAAAACAGAAAAACACCAGGUGCUUCCCCCUGCUUUUUUUUCCUCCCUAAGUUUCAUUUUGUUAAGGUUUUUCAUUUUGUGAGGGUUGGGGUAGUACCUUUAACUUGGGAUGAAGUUUCCACUGCUCUAAACAAGAAAAAAGCAAACAAAAAAUUGAAAAAAAACCCUUGUAUUUUAAAGCCCACUUUUGUUACAAUAUUUGUGGUCAUCUCCAAAGAGACUGUGUCUUCUACCUAUGACUAUUGCCUGCAACCUCAGAAAAAGAAAAAGGGGGAAAUGGGAAAACCCCGAAGAAACAAAGCACUGCAGAAAGAAAGAGAGAGAAAGGAAAAAAGAACAACUUCUGUUGUCUUUUGUGUAUUUUAAACAAUUCAGAGGACUGUCAACUCCGCAUGGCUGUUACACUUGUAUAUAUUGAGCCUUGAAGGGCCCGUGAUGUAAAACAAUUGUAUUGAUGGUGAUUUAACUUUUUUGUUUUGUUUUUUUUUAAAAAAAAAUACAUUUACAUCCAGUGGUUAGAUAUGCGGGGGUGGGGGGAUAGUUUGCUGGCUCGCUCUAUUCAUUUAUAUUAGCUUCAGUGCACAUUUUUUUUAAAAAAGGAAAAAACACAAGGUCUUGUUUUUUAACUACCUGCUAGAGAGGCAUAAUAAGGAGGUGCUGGCAUGCUUUAGAGCACCUGAUUGGAUACAGGUUUUUUGUGUUUGUUUAUUUUUUAUUUUUUGGGUUUUGUUUUUGUUUUGGUCUUGUUACUAUUACAUAAAUCCAGUCAUGCACUUUUUUCUUACACAAUGUGGGGAUGUGUAAUAAUAUCCAUACCCUUUUUUCCCUUAAAAGUAUUGCCAUACUUCAGUGUCUUAUUAAAAGAGAACGAGAGAGAGAGAAAAAUACAAGUGAUUUGGUCAGUAUGGGGCAAGAAUGCCGAGCAAAAAGUGUUAAGUGUUAACACAGAGCUGCCAACUUUGCACAAGUUUUCAGUAACCAAAACAGAAUCAGAUGCUGUUAACUACAGGCCAAGAUUUUGGCAGUCAGUAGAAGAAGAAAACAAUCCUAGGAAACUGGGAGGAAGGAAAGAAUAGACAGAAAUGUUCUUCUCAGGUUCAAAAUAUUAUCCACACUCACAAAAGAAGACCACAGUUCUUUUGUAAAAGGAAAUGAAAGCUACAUGGUGAGAUGGCAGAGACAUGUCUUCACAUAAGCAAA